AUGGCAGCUGCGAAGCCUCGCAAGCCGGCGACGACGGAGGGCUCUGCUGCAGACCUCAGUCUCCUGAGCCCUGGCUGCAGUCCCAAGCGAGGUCGCCGCAAGCUGAAGAAGUCCCCGCGAGCUGAGAAGGAGACCUCAGGCCUCAAGCCCAGGCGACUGUUCCAGGAAGGCUCAAAGGCUGGAUCGAAGCGAUCCUUGGACUUGGACGAGUUGGAGGAUGAUGAUCCGCAGGAUGACAAUGACCUCUUCGGUGGCAACUUCGAGCAGGACAGGAAGGCUUUGCAACUGAGCUCUCGGAAGAAGGUGCCUCGCAAGAAGGCCCCUGCUGAGCCAGAGCCUGAGUCCUCCAACGAGGCUGCCAGCCCCAAGCAGGAGGACAACAAGCCUGACGAGGAGGAAGCAGUGCAGGAACCAUCCGAGCCAGAGCUGUCUUCCGAUGCUGAGGCUACUGAGGCAUCGGUACCACGGCCGUCCCGUGACAGCAAGGCCCAGGAUGUGCGAUCCAAGUUUGAGCCCGAGCUUUUGAAGCUCUUGCUGGACGGUAUGUCUUCGCAGCUUGCUUGCAUCUCCUCUGACAUCACCUCGUUGUCCGAUGCUACGGAGCUGUUGUCGGAUCUUCCUGCAGGCCAGAAAUGCUUCAUGUCCUACUUGGCUAGUGAGUUGCUGGAGAGCUUGGGGGAGAAGGCUAGGCUCUGUGCGAAGAAGCUCACCUUGAAGGCUCGCAGAGCUGUGCUGCAGUGGCCGAAGAAGUUGAAGGACAGUCUUGUUGCCUUGCUUGUGUUUGUGCUGGACUUGGGUGAGCUGCCUGCCUAUGAGGAGCAUGCUGAGAAGGUGGACCUGCGAUCCUGGCUCCAGAAGAAGCUGGAGGAGCACCGGCUGAGUACAGAUGCGGAUAUCCGCAAGUCCAAAGAGCUCUUCCUCCAGAAGAUUGCUUUUGUGGACAGGAAGAGUCUGCAGAAUCUGCCGGUAGCAGCAGAGAAGCAAAUAGUGAUGUCCGACUGGGAGGCACUUCUGGAUGAUUGCCGUCAAGCGGCAGCGUCUGCAGGCUUGCCUUUGAGGCCUCGACUUCACGCAACUGCUGUAGCUCCCGAGGAGCCACAGCAGAUUGUGGCUUUGGACGACGCCGAUUUGGAGCCUCCGGCAGCUGACUCCACGGAGCGGAUGGAGUACACGCCUACGAAGACACUCUUCUUGCAGACCCAAGCCGGGACUGCCGGCGUUUUUGAGGUCCUCAAGGCCAGGAAAGGGACUUGA